AUGGCACGCCUCUUGGAUCUUCCGGAUGAGUUGAUUCUAGAGAUCAUUGACUACCUACAAACAGACACUAAGCAAAUCAAGUUGUCAUUCUACGAGCUUGGAGACGCCUACCGCUAUGCGAUCAAGCAUGAUCCGUCGCGGAGAGUUAAAUACCUGCACUCUCUUUUAUUCGCCUCCCGCCGCUUGAACAGUCUUCUAACGCCAAUAUUUUAUCGUGAUAUCUUUGUCCGUGAAUACGGUCGCGUCGGCGAGAAGAUCCCGCUAGAGCAACUGAAGUGGACUCUGGAGAAGAACCCGAGUCUCCAGGAACACAUCGUUUCAGUAAUCAUUCCAUGUGGCAGCCCCUGGCGUGGCCAGUCUAUUCGUGAUAUCAUUCAUGUCUUUUGGCUGCCCAACAUACAGACCCUUACUAUUCACGAGUUUAAGGAUUGGGAACCCAUGCAAUUUGAGAACAACUCACAUUUUGGCACCUCGCCCGUGGAAUGUCUGAGGCUGAUUGACUGCGGGGCGCAUGAGCAAGCUCUAGCCAAUGUAUUAAGCUUGCCAGCAGCUUUGAAAGUACUUCACUACGAUGCCGAGCAAGGCGAGUGGGAGGGCCAUUAUGGAGAUGAGCCAGCCACAAGCUGGACAUGUGCUGCUUUUAUACGCGCACUGCGAUCACAAAGGAGGACGCUGGAAGAACUGACGAUGACAAGGCCGUGGCUUGAUCAUGAAGGAUUGGGCAAUGGACCUCGCAUUGAUCUAAGCGAUUUCACAGCCCUUGAAACUCUACGUACUUACCAUGUCUUUCUCUGUGGGUGGGAUAAUCCUCCUCGGGUCUGGAAAGGCUUACCUCCCAGUCUGAAGGUGUUAGAGGUCUUUUACGAUGAUACAGACCUUACUCAAUUUUUGUGGGAGAGCGACGAUGAGCCGUACGAUACUUUUCUUCUUGAUUUAAUCAGGAAUAAGAGGGCGCAUCUUCCACAUUUACGGACAGUGGCCAUCUACUCGUUUGAGAAUAUCUAUGAUUCUGAAAGAGAAGAGUAUCUGCCCGCAGGACCCUGGACGCUGCCGUCUUCACUUGCGCGCGAGGCUGAAGCCGCUGGUAUAAAGCUAGAUGUGUGGCUGGGAUACCGGGAUGCUCAAAACUUCGAGGAAGCUGACGUUUUCGAGUCACUGAAAAUCAGUCAGAACGACCAUUCUAGUCAAUCCAAGUGA